AUGGACGGCCUGACACCACUGCGGAAGGUGGACGCCACUCGGCACACCAAAGAGAAGACGGGGGACGCCAGGUCCUGCAGCCACCCAAGGCACGGAAGGUACACCACAGGAGCAGAAAUGGGACCUCAGAGAGCAGUCUUGGUGGCCUUGGGGCUGUGGGUCCUGUGGACGCUGGGUGUGGCGGCGGACUCCAGCGUGACAGUGCCCCCGCGCUGCCUGCUCUCGCACUACCGCUCGCUGGACCCCAAGGCGCUGGCAGCGGUCAAGGCACUGAGGGACCGCUACGAGGAAGAGACACUAGGCUGGAGGCCCCGCAACUGCUCCUUCCGCCCCCGGAGGGAUCCUCCGCCGCCCUCGUCCUGCGCUGCGCUGCGCCACGUGGCCCGCAGCAUCGCGGACGCGCAGGCUGUGCUGAGCCGCCGGCGACACCCGGAGGUGCUCCCUGGCACCGGCCCGACCCUGCGGUUGCUGGCCGCCGCGGGACGCGACCUGGCCACCUGCCUCGAGCUGGUCCAGCCAGGUUCCUCGAGGAAGUCCACUCGGCCACCGCGGAGGCGUCACAAAACGCGGAGAGCUGACUCGCCUCGCUGCCACGAAGCCACUGUCAUCUUCAACCUGCUGCGCCUGCUCACGCGGGACCUCAGGCUGGUGGCGCACUCCGGGCCCUGCGUCUGA